GUGUGCCUUUAUUUUUAAUGUGUAUUGUGUGUGUAUGUGUAAAUGCAUGUCUUGUGUUUAUGUUUUCAGAGACAAAAUUUAAUUUUUAUUUAAUUUCACUGAAUCAUUCAUUAUCCAAUUUGUUAUUUUUAUAUACGUUUAUUUAAUUUUUUUGUCUUUAGUUUAUUAUUACUUUAAGAUAGUUGUUUGAAAUGAUACUCAAUUAUUUAUACUGUCGUUGCUGCAGCGCGACAGUGGUGGAUAUACCCCGAAUUUUCUUCAAUGCAUCUAAUGAGUUUUAUUGCAACUGACCUAAAGUGAGCUAUUAGUAGACGUUGUAUGAGGACUGUGAUAGCUGGUGUACCAUUAUAAUGUCAUCUUUGAAUGGUUUAGAAACAAGAAAACGUAAACAACAAAAUAAAGAAGAUUUUUUAAUAGAAUCAAACACAAAAAAAAUCAAAGUUCAAGCUCAGCGCAAGUUUGCCCAAAAUGCAGUUAUACCUAUAAGCUCACAACAAAAACCAGUUCAAUCUCCAUUAGUAUCUAAUAAUGUGGUUAAACCUCCUACCAAAAGACCAAAUACAGAAGACUUUCUUACAUUUCUUUGUUUUAGAGGUACAAGCUUAUUACCUCCACGAUUAGAUUUUUUUAACAAACCUCAACGUUCACUUACAGCUCAAGAAAUUGCAUCAGGAAAGAAAAGAAAAAAAAGUAUUUCAACCCAGCCAACCAAAAAUUUGGUUGAUAAUCAAGUUAGCAAUGGUUCUAAUGAAAAAAAGAAAGUGAAACAAAUUAUUCCUCAAACUAAAUACCCAUUAUCAAAACUUGGACAAAAAGUUAUAGGUCGUAAUUUGGUUAGAUCUGGAUCAAGAUUUGCUAUUAGACAAGAAGCUAUAACUUUGCGUCAACUUGCACUUCGACAUGGUACCAAAAUAAGAAAAAUCAAGCCUCAAAUUCAGAAAACUCAAAGUUCUCAUAAAGUAAAAUAUGAUAUUAAGAAUAAAGAAAAGCAACAGUCUCUUGAUGGUAAACAAAAUAAAUUUAAAGGACGUAUAACAAGAUCAAAUUCAUUGCCAAAUGUAUUCGGCCCUGGCAUAAACCAACUUCGAGAUGAUAAAGGUAAAUGGUGUAAGGGCAAAACCUCUUCAACGACAUCUAAAGAUUCUGACAUUGAAGAAAGAUCAUCUAGGAAGAAAAGUUCAUCUAAAACUGUUGAAUGUCGUAGUAAUAGUUUGAUAGAUAUUAAACAAAAUGAUUCAAAAGCAAAUUCUAACCAUAGAAAAACCAGAAGCUUAGUUUUGAAACACCAUGAAAAUUGUAACAAGAAUUUAGAAAUAUUUGACAAAAACACUAAGACUGCAUCAUCUAAGUUUAAAUCUAGGAAUAUAACUGAAACAAAAAUAAUUCUUGAUAAACAUAAAGUUAGUAAUGACAACAGAAGUUUUGAUAUAAUGGUCCGUUCAAGGCCUCCCAGAAGAACUAAGGAAGCAGCAACUAUAUUCAUGGAUAUGUUGAAAAAAGAUAUACAAUGUUCUAAUGAGAAAGAAGGUGAUUCAUCUUCUAUAGAAAGUUUUCCUGAGCUGCCAAAUAUAAAAAUAAAGGAAGCAAAAGAAACAAAGUUGAGUGCAAUUGUUAAAACUAAACACCCAUCAGUUACACAGGUGCGUUCAAAACAGAGCUCAUGUAAAAGAAAUUUAAGGCCUCGUCGCUCAUCUACUGUACUUGAUGAUUAUAUAAUGACUGAUUCAGAAGAUGAUGAAACUUCUGGCCAUAAAGUAGAUAUUAAUAGCAAAAAAUCUAGAUCAACACCAACAACUAAAGCUGCAGAACCAAAAAAAGUAUCUGUAAUUAAUUCUAAUGAAAUAGCUGAAAAAAAUAUUAAAUUGAAUAAGACUGAAAUUAAGACAAAAAAAAGUUUGAACAAAGUAAAUUCGGAAAGUAGCUUAGAUCAUAAAGAUUUAGUUUCUGAUUGUGCUAUUUUAAAAUGUGGAAAAGAUCUUGAUAUUAAAAAAAAUAAUGAAAAAAGAAAAGAGAAACCAAUUAAACAUAAGACUGAUAAAUUUAAUAGUAGAGUAACUGAUAGAAAUAAUUCCAUAGAAUUAGCUAAUAAUUUGUCUUCUAAAGAUUUACACAAAAAAGAAGAUCAAAAAGGGAAAAAAACAAAUUUAGAUUUGUAUAAUAAUAAUAAGAAAAAAUCGAUACCAUCAUCUGCAAUGUUCACUAAUAAUGCUAGUCAAACAAAAGAUGAGCUCCUAGAACAAAUGGCAGCUAAUUUUGUAAACAAACAUUUAGAAAAUGAUGAUAUAGAAAGUAAAAAGCUAGCUAACAUAAAUGUUUUGAGAAAACAAUCGCCACCUAAUAUUGAAGAAGCAAAUAAAAAGUCUAAAAUAGGAAAUAUAGAUGUUCAAUCAUUAAAAGGAGAAAUUUGUAUUGAUAAUAAAACAGAUCAAAUUGAAAUUAUUAAUAAAAUACAGAAAAGAGAAAAUUUAGUGGUUAAUGAGUUAGAUAAAGUUGAAUGUAUACUAAAUGAAUCAGUUAAAAAUGUUUUGGGUCCAGAAAUAAAUGAUAAUGUCAAAAUUAAUAUACCUGAGUAUUUUUCUAGUAAAAGUUUUCAACUACCUAAGUUUAAACAAUCUGAUGGUUUAUCAGUUUUAUCAGAAAUUUGUAGUGCUCUUCCUAGGUUUAAUGAACCAUGCGUCUCAAACAAACAAUUAUUAACCAAGUUAUCUAUGUCAUCUGAAAGUAUUAAUACAAAAUAUUCUGAUGACAAAAAGGAUGAAAAAACUUUUGAAAGUCGUACUAUGAAAAUUGUUAAUUUAGCCAGAAAUACCAAUGAAAAAAAAGAUCUAGCUUCUUGGAGACAGGCUUUUAAAAAUGUUAAAGUACCAAAAAAUGGUUUAAGUCCAAAUGGAAACACCUGGAUUAACAAAAAAUUAAUUGAUAAUCAAAGUAAGAAAACAGAAAUCAGUUGUUCUACUAAUGAUAUUGAUCACAAACAAAUAUUAGAAAACAAAAUUCAUGACACUCUGAAUUCUUCAUUGGCUGAAGAAAAAAAUAUUGAAACUAAACACAGCUUGAUUAAUCAUAAUGAACCUAAAAUUGAUCCAGAUAAAAAAGGAAACUCAAAUUAUUUAACUAAAACAACUAUUUUACCCUGUACAAAAUAUGAUCUGAAGUUUGAAAAAAGACUUUCUAAACAACAAAAAUCUAUGGAAGUAAAUAUUUUAUCACAAGAUGAUCUAACUCCAGAGAAGAAAAUUUUUCAACAAAGAAGGCUAUCAACUGCUCAGUCUUGUAGUGGAAACAGUUCUGAUGCUUUUUCCCCUGAAAAUGAAACGAGUGUUUAUGCUUUUCAACCUGAUUUACCAGUUUCUAGUACUCCGUUCCGUAGAAAUAAGACUCAGUCACCAAUUAAAUCAAGAACUGUAUCACCCAAUACAUCUAUUUCGGUGAAUUUUGAAACUGAUUUAAUGGAAGGGAAAUCACAAUCUUCUACAAAUUCAAUAGAUAUUGAAAAUGAAGAAGGUCGUUUGUUUUAUAUACCUUUACCAGCUGGAGUUCAAACUCAGCCAUCAAUUCAAGGGGUUACAGUUAAACUUGGUACUGAAGGACCACAAAAUAAAUUGGUGAUGAGUGCGAAAUUAGUAACAAAACCUCCUAAUUCUACAAUAUCAAUCAGUUCUAUAUCAUCAAAAUCGGAACAAAAAAUAAAACCCUUAUGUGUUAGUAAAAUUUCAAAUAAGACAACUCCUGUUGGAACUGUUCAACCUACUACUCGUUUAGUUCAACCUACUAAAAACAUACCUACAACAUCAAAAGAAAUUUUUCCAUUUAACAAAUCAAAUUGCAGUGAUGAAUCAAAAAUUUAUACUCAACGAAAUACAGAGUUGAAACGGAUACCAACUGCUGAUAAAAAGAAAUCCAAAAAGAUUGAAAAACGAGUUAUUAAAAAAAAAGUUAGUGAAAAAAUUUCAAACAAGACAACCAUUUUUGAAGAAUGUGCUGUUAUGGUGGAUGCUCCGACUUUUUACCCAACAGAAGAUGAGUUUAAAGAUCCUUUAGAAUAUUUUGAAGUUAUUAAAUUAGUCGCCCAAAAAUAUGGUAUUUGUCGAGUUGUACCACCUGCCAGUUUUAAGCCUGAAUGCAAAGUUAGUGAUGAUAUGCGCUUCACAGCAUACAAUCAGUAUGUUCAUAAGAUGAUGGAUCGUUGGGGUCCUAAUGUCCGUGAAAUGACUGCUAUUAAAAAAUAUUUGGAAACACAAUCUAUAAUUUUAUCAAAUCCCCCUCUAAUUGGAGGAAUGGAGCUUGAUCUUCCUAGAUUAUAUCAUACAGUUCAAGAACUAGGUGGCUUAAAAGAGGUAAUUGAAUUGGAUAAGUGGUCUCGUGUUGCAGAUUUGAUGAAAAUACCAAAAAGUGCUCAAGAUCGUGUGACCAAGCUUGAUGAUAUAUAUUGCAAGUAUUUGUUACCUUAUGACACACUGAAUCCUGAUGAAAGACAAAAAUUAAUGAACGAUGUUGAUAAAGAAUGGAAACAAAUAUGUCGUAAAGGUGAUACAGAAAAUGAAAUAUAUGAAGAUAUUAAUGAUUGCAUUACAAAAGGUCGUAGCAUUGCACUUAGUGCGUACUAUAGAGUUGCACGUAAUACUAGUGCUAUGUGGUUUAAAGAAACUCAAACAAACUCAAAGCUUCCUGAUCAUAGUAUUAAAGCAGAAGAUGUUGAGUCAUUUUAUUGGAAACAAGUAGAAGAAAAAAAAAAUCAUAUAUGUGUUCUAUCAGGUUCCAUUGAUUCAGGAACUGAAGGUUAUGGUUUUCCUACUACCAAGACUGCAACAUUUACCAAACAUCCUUGGAAUUUGAAAGUAUUGACAAAUAAUUCUGCAUCAGUUUUAAAAUCAUUAGGUCCUGUUAUGGGUAUGACAGUACCAACAAUCCAUAUGGGUAUGAUAUUUUCAGCAUGUUGUUGGUAUAAAGAUCCUCAUGGUUUACCUUGGAUCGAAUACUCACAUACUGGUGCAGAUAAAAUUUGGUAUAGUGUUUCGUGUAAUGAAAAUUCUAAGUUUCGACAAGCUAUGAAAACAUUAUUACCUAGAGCUGUUGCUGAAGGAAAAAAUAACCAUUCAUGGUUAGCUGCUGAUAGUGGAAUGGUUCCUCCAACUAAAUUAUUAGAACAUGGUGUAACUUUAACUCGGACUAUUCAAAAUCCUGGUCAAUUUUUAAUUGUCAUGCCAAAUGCAUACACUUGUAAUAUUUCUACUGGUUAUGUUAUAUCAGAAAGUGUUUACUUUACACAAAGUGGGUGGUUGAAUAAUGCUGAUAAAAUUUUUCAGGAUUUACAAAGAAACUGCGAACCAGCAGCUUUUUCUUUUGAGAAACUCCUUAUAAAUAUGUCAACAGAUUCUAGAACACCACAUAAUAUUCUAAUGCAGUUACUUAAUACAUUGAGUAACAUGAGAGAUUGUGAAAUAGCACUAAGAAGUCAACUAGAAGAUUUAGGACUCAAAACUUCAGAACGUAUUCAGUUGUCAAUUACAUCAAAGUUAACUGAGCAAAAUGAUGAGUAUGAAUGUGAUGUUUGUCAUUCAAUUCUUUAUGUAUCAAUGGUGCACAAUUCACACGAAGACUGUGAUUAUUGCUUAAGACAUGGAAUAGAAAUUUUAGCAAAAAAGCAUAAUCAACUAAAAUUUUUUAAAUUUAUGUAUACUUUAGAUGAGAAUGAAUUGGACUCAAUUAUAGUGAAGUUGAAGGAAAAAAUGGAGUCAAAGAAGAAGAAGUUAAAAAAAAAUAUAUGAAAAUUGUAUUAAUUUUUAAUAAGCCUUUAAGUUACACAUAGAUUUAGUACCUAUUUUAUUACUCUAUGUCAAGAGUAAAUAUUAAGACUUAAUUCCUUUGUCGUAUGUUCCAACAUUUGUGAUUUUUUUAUUAUUACUUUGAUUUUAUAUUUUUACAAUUGUACAAAUUGUGUUCAUUUGGUCUCAGAAAUUUGUUAAGUAUUGUAGCAAAUUUUUGUACUUAAUAGGUAGUAGAAUAUUGUCAAGUUUAUAAGUUGUGUGCUAAAAAUAGUCUUUACAUUUGUAUUUUCUUAAUCUGUGUAGAAAUUUAAAUUAGUUAUUGAAUUUAGAAAGACAAAUACAAUAAACAAGACAAUUGAUUUAAAAAAUUCUUCUGUCUAUAGAGUGGAACAUAUUUAACUGACAACUGUUAUAACUUUUGUUGUAUUUUUUUUUAAUUAAUUUUAACAGACUUGAUUACAUUCUAAACUUAUAUCAUU